AUAACAAAUAAAAUAAACAACGCCACCACAUGUGUUAAUCAAGGACGAAUAUUUCAUUCCUAUGUUGUUCUCCUCUCUGCUUUGGUACUUUGGCUUUUUGGCCUCCAACAUAUCAGCUUUUCUAACUUCUCGGGGGUUUAUUCGUUCUUGAUUUCAACAUCAUUCCAAGUUUCCUCAGGAAGGGAAGUGAUGAAGAACUCUGAAUCACCUCAAGAAUCUUCAUUAGCUCCCAGCAAUGGAACUCCUGGGAAUUCGUUUUCACCUGCUUCCAUAACCACCAAGGAUAUGCAUGCCUCAUCUCUAGCACAUGAUCGACACUCUCAAAAUCCUGAACUUUUUUCUCAGUCAUCAAGGGAUUUAGAAUCUUUGCCACCAAUAGAUUCUUCAUUUUCAGAACAGUCCACAGCUUUGACUAAUCACCUGAAGGAAAAUAAGGAUGUUUCUUGGUGUCUAGAUCGGCUUCAAGACUUUCUUGAUUUGACUGAAAAUGUUCCUGGUCCAAAUGGGCUGGUGGAAAGCAGCACUGGUGUCAUGGCAUCUGAGGACCACAAUAAGAGAACUGAUUGGCAGGAGUGGACAGAGCGGUUGAUCUCUGCUGAUGAUGCUCUGGAUCCAGACUGGAGUGAGUUUCUUGGUAAUACCAACGUCUCAUAUCCCAAAUUGAAGGUGCUGAAACCUUCUGGUGAUAUCUCAAACAAACAGCCACAGUUUCAUCAGAAUAAACCUGCACCACGUGGAGAAUUUCCUAGUGAGGCUUACACAUCAUCUACUGCUCCUCAAAAGCCCCGUAUGCGUUGGACACCUGAGCUUCAUGAGGCUUUUGUGGAAGCUGUUAAUAAGCUGGGUGGGAGCGAACGAGCUACUCCAAAAGGCAUCUUAAAGCUCAUGAAUGUUAAAGGCUUAACAAUCUAUCAUGUUAAAAGUCAUUUGCAGAAAUAUAGAACUGCCAGAUGCAAGCCAGAACCAUCAGAAGGAACAUCAGAGAAAAAAAUGACUUCAAUUGAAGAAAUGAAAUCCUUUGAUUUGAAGUCGAGUAUAGGAAUUACUGAAGCAUUGAAAUUGCAGAUGGAAGUUCAGAAGCAGCUCCAUGAACAACUUGAGAUUCAGAGAAAGUUGCAGUUGCAAAUUGAAGAACACGGAAGGUAUCUGCAGAUGAUGUUUGAGAAACAAAAAAAGAUAGAGGAUGAAAAGAGUCGAGCCCCCUCUUCUUCCCUAGAUGACCCUCCUACUCCAUUACCUGGCUCAAUUUACCCAACUUGUAGGAGUGAUAAAUCAGAAGACUUGGAGCUAGUUCAGACAAGAACCGGGACUGAUACAAGAAAUGCUAGCACUAAAGAGGAAGAAAGUUCCCAGGAUGUAAGCAGGAAGCAGAAGGCAUUGGAAUCAGAAACGCCUGACCAUGUAGAGAUAAAUGACAACGAGUCUGGUUCCCCACUCUCAAAACGAGCUAGAACAGAGAAAUAGCAGAAUUGUUGACUUCGCAUCUGAUAAAUCAUCUUUCUAUAGACCACAUAGCAUUGCUCCUGGAGAUGAUGUUCUAAUACAGAUAAUUAUGCUGACAGAAAUCAGGAGUUUUUGAAACAUUUUAGAUCUUAGAUCGAUCUUUUUGUGAAUACUCAAUGGGUGACCAUAUGUGAUAUUCUUUUCAUUUUGAAAGAAUCACAGGCUUUGCUUUUGAUUGUUAACCUUCUAAAUCUAAAGCAUUUGCAUUGAGAAGACUAAUUGGCUUUAUCUUGCUUCUGCAUUGUCUUAUGGUCAUGCUUUGUAAUUAACUAAUACUGUAAGUAAUGUGUAUUACAUUGGGAUUUUUACAGUGAUAUCAAGAAAGUUAUUCUUGGAUAAGUUCCAUAUAGUUGAUUUUUUAGUACUUGAAGCUAUCAAGAUUUGGUACUGGAAGGACAUUGAGUCCUCUGCCUUGUGAGCAGCUCCACUUAGCAAUCCAGUCCGCUGCCAUGUUCUUUUGCCUAGGGAUGUGGUUAAGGGUCCAAUGCCAAUCUGGUUCCGGGAUUGUUUUCAUUGCUUUAACCAGAGGGUGAAAGGGUGGUUCAAAGAGUCAGAUUCAUUGUGGAGGAAAUCAAUAGUAUUUUGCAAUUCAAGCAGCUAAAAUCUUUGAAAGCUGACAAACCAAUUUGUUAUUUUCGUACAAAACAAUGUAGACAAGCUAAGCAAGACAAACU